GGAAGCAGGAAGCAAUUGCGUAGGAUACAACCCCCCCACCCCCUCUCCCCCUCCGACUUUGCAGGCAAUCUUCCGCAGGGAACUGUUUUGGGGACUUUGCCACCCUUCUCAGUGACCGUGGGUAUUCCUGUAACUAAGUUCUUCGUGCCCCAGGCUGCGGGCAGCAUCAGGCUUUCCCUGGAAUCCUUGGGCAAAGAGCUGCAGAGUUCCAGAUAAUUCCAUCAUCUGAGCAUUGCUUCUGAAGCAAUAAGAAAACCAGAGACCUCAUCAUCUUUGAAUUUUGAAAGCUGAGCCUUAGUUAAAAUCAUAAAUGUCCUUCAGAGUAAAGUUGGGCCUUACUUGUGCUUUUGUAAUGAUUUGUGCUCUGAUGCCAACACAAUCAAUCAGUCUGAGUUGCCGAACCAAGAGCCUAGCAGAUGUCAUGAUUGACAUCCAGUCAUCUCUUGCUAAUGGAAUCAGAGGCAUUGAGCCCAUACAUACAGAAACUCAAGAAGAUUGCAUUAAUUUUGGCUGUUUGACAAAAAACAUAACAGGGAACAAAGAGUGCAAUUUGAUCAUCUUCGAUGCCCGAAAGGCAACUAAACAACCAAAUUGCUACUUGUUUUAUUGCCCCAGUGAAGAAGCUUGUCCAUUGAAACCAGCAAAGGGGGUCAUGACCUACAGGAUACUGAAAGAUUUUUCUCCUUUGCACAAAAGUGAUUUACCACAUCCAGAUGCAACCCCCAAAAGUUAUUACUUGACUGGAAAAUCUUCACAAGGAGUCAUGGACCCUGCACAGCUGACAACUCAACUAAACCAUACUAAUAUUUUGCCAAAAGCUACAGUUUCUCAGAAGCUUGAAUUACAGGAUAACUUGGAGAAAACAGUAAAUAAGAGUGAUGAACUAAGUUCACAUCUUCCUGUAUACAAAAGUAAAGGCCAUCCUCAGAGCUCAGAGCUUUCCUUGAAACAAAACGUAGCUAAUGUAUUGUCUGAAAAUGUAAUUGUAUUUCCAUCUAAGGCAGGUACUACCUCUCAAUCCAUUGUCCCUACUACUCCAGUACCUGCCACUUUGCAAUCUACUAUCCCUCCUCUGAUGCCUUCUACAAUUUCCCAGAGAUUAUUUGUUCCUUUAAAAGUUACCACUGAGCCUCAACCUGUUUCUUCUACUACUACUGCUUCUACCCCACAGUCCCCCACUCCCACAAUUUCUACAGCUUUUACAACCACUACAAGCCAGCCUACCAUAACAACAAAAACAGCUUCAACUACAAUGCCCAGUGAAGCUACAAGCAUGAAAGUCACCUUAGAAACAGUGCAGUUUAAAGAAACCACCAAUUACCCAAUUUCUAACAAUGGUGAUUUUAAGUACUCUUCUACAUUUCCAUCAAGUGUCGAUUCCUUUGCUGUAAAUAAAAUUGCUUCCCAUGAAAAUGGUAGGCUUGGUUUAGGCAAACCCCCACCCAAUAAUGUUCCAAGAAAUAGAUUCCAUCUUCAGUUUGAAAAGUGGACACUCAUAGGCACAUUGUUCUGUGGACUGUUGUUUUUGGUAAUAGGUCUCAUACUAUUGGGGAGAAAGCUGUCAGAAUCCCUUCAGAGAAAAAAGUAUUCCAGACUAGAUUAUUUGAUCAAUGGAAUCUAUGUUGAUAUUUAAAGAGAAAGAAAAGUACCUUUGAUUCUUAGCUAAGGAUCUAGAAAACCCAAAUUAUUCCUUAUCUGUUAGCUUCCAGAAGAUUACAUUUUAGAGACUAGCCCUCACUAGUGCCAUUAAAAAAAAAGAACAGAAACUGAAACCAUCAACUCCAGAAAUUUGAUUAAAAUAUUGAGUAUAUUAAAGUGCUACUAAAAUAUCACGAAACAAUUAGUACAUUAAAGAAACAACAACUAGGUUAUAGAAGGAAAAAUACUGUGACUUUGGAAUCCUAAUGAAAUGAUAUUUCUGAUUCCAGGUAUGAUCAACUUUGUCAUGAAAAUUCUUUGAAUAUAAUGACAUUUUUUUGUAUUAGCUUUUAGACACUGUAUAAAAAUUUUGAACAUUAUACCACUUAGACUUGUUUCUAAUCAGGAAUUAAAUAAAUUUGUUGACCCCAAGAACUAUAUCAUCAUGUCCAAUUCUAUAUAUUUUAAAAUUAUCCCUAUCAGUCAAGUUAUUAAUUGAUUAAAAGUUGUAUCAUGUUUUAAUGACAAAUAUACCUAAUUAUACACUGUGGUAUAUUCUUAAGAGGUCAAUUUGUAGGCUAACUCAGCUUCAUUACGUGCCAAAAGAGCUUUUGGGGCCAUUUUAAUGUAUGGUAGUCAAUGGGCUACAUAAAUUACUUCUAUCUUAUUUGAGUGUAUCAUUUCAUUGGGAAAAUUAAAAGUUUUCCAACUUUUUAUAUGGUCUAACAUCAUUCACUUUGAUGUUUAUGAAUUUUUUAAUGUAAACUUCACCAGUUGUCGUAAAAUGGUAGACUUAAAUCUGGAAGUGAUUUUAUAAAUCUGGUUCAAGGGGCAGCUAGGUGGUGCAGUGAGUAGAGCACUGGUCCUGGAGUCAGGAGGAUCUAAGUUCAAAUCCGGCCUCAAACAUUUGAUAUACUUACUAGCUGUGUGACCUUGGGCAAGUCACUUAACCCCAAUUGCCCUGCCUUCCCCCCUCAAAAAAAAUAUGUGAAGAAACCAAACAUUUCCUGAUAAUAAAUCAUAGAGAAAUUCAUUAAAAAAAUAAAUCUGGUCCCAACCCCUAAAUUUAUAGGUGAGAAAAAAGUAGGCUUAGAGAAAUGAAUUGAAUUGUCCAAAGUAAUAUAGCCAGUAAGUGGCAGAGCUGGAAUUAAAACAGAGAUCCAACUCCAAAUCCAUUUCUCCUUCAACCAUACCAUGCUGCUUCUCAAUUUAAACAUUUGGAGAACUAUGUGUCAACAGUUAAUUGCAUGAUCUUAAAAUUGUGGCUUCAUUUCUCUGGUUCUCAUUUGUAGGAUGAGACAGUUGGACUAUACUAGGGAUUUCAAAUCCAAGAUGGUGACCCUAAAUUUAUCUCAUACAGCUCUUUAUUCAGAGGAAAUUUGAUCAACAAAUUUUUUUUUAGAAAAACAAAGAUUUAGAAAGAGUUAAAAUAUCGUAGUGAAAUAUACUUGAAGCAAAUAUGUAAUUUGAAUUUGAGACUGCCAGACUAGAUAACUUCCAAAUUCCUUUCUAGCUCUUCUACAUUAGAAAUAAUGUUCAGGGCUUUAAAAAAAGACCCUGAUUCUUAAUUUGUUGGCAUGCUUUGAUUCUUAUGAAUACAACAGUGUAUACUGCUGUUUAUAUAACAUGCUUUAUCAAAAAAAAUUUUGCCAUGUAUUUUAGUUAAUUGUCUUCCCUAUUUUUCAAAAUCUGUAAAUACAUAUUCAAACUUUCAAAUAUGAACACUAGAGGACAGUAGUAUAAUAAGUACAGUUAAGAGCACAAGGAGGAAACCACUCAAAUGAAACCUAUUCCUUUUCUUCUCUAUAUGGAGCUCACAGAGGAAGGAAAACUUGUUUACAGCUAAGACCCAAUUAGUGUGAAUAAUGAAUCCCAUGAAGUGGUCACAUUAUUUGCAGUCAUGCUGUAUUCCAAACAAAACUUUCGAACUAUUUUUCAUCUGAAUGGCUUGAUAUAGAUAUUCACUGGCUUUUUGUAAAUUUAAAGCAAUUUCAUGAAAUAAAAAGUUUAAUAAGAACCAAAA